UAGGUCUGUGGUUUUAUAAUGCUUUGAAGCCUGGUCUCCCUCCUCUUAAAUUUUCUCUUCUUUUCUUCUUCAGAAGAAGAGGAAGAAAAAAAAAUCAAACACUAGUGUGUACCUCCAGUGUAUGAAUCCGAAGCACACGCAAUGAUGAUCUUGAUGCUGAAGGUCCAAGGGGCUCUGUGCAUGUUUAAUUAGCCUCUACCCACCACCCCUCCUUGCCAUUAAUAGCAGAGAGAGAGAAGGGUCCUUUUCUUUGCUUCCUUUCUUGUUUGUAUUGGUGUUUGGGGUUGGAAAAGUCACAUUUCUUUGUGCCUUUUGUUUUGCUAGUUAUGGUUUUCUAGCUUUCUUUCUUUCUUUUCUUUCUUUCUUUCUCUCUUGGCACUGAAUGAGAGAUAUGGGUGUUGUUGGAAGGAAGAGAGCAGCUGGGUUUUCACCUCUCCCUGCUCUGCUUCUUCUUCUUCUUCUUCUGCCUAUCUUUUUCGCUUCGGUUGCUUCCGGCCUGAAUUACACCAAGUAUAGGCCAGUGAGUAGCUUGAGACUUGAAAGGAUACAGAGGCAUGUGGACAAGAUUAACAAGCCUGCUGUGUUGACUAUAGAGAGCCCAGAUGGAGAUACCAUUGAUUGCGUCCACAAAAGAAAACAACCAGCUUUAGAUCAUCCGCUAUUAAAGAAUCACAAGAUCCAGAGACGCCCUUCAGAGAUGCCGAAAGCAGCGAGAAAGGUGAGAAGAGAUGCGGUGGGAGAGGAUGGGAAUAAUAAAGAAGCAGUGAGAGGUGCAUGGCAAAUGUGGCAUCAAAAUGGGACACGCUGUCCAAAGGGAACGGUUCCCAUACGCCGAACCGCCGUUCAUGAUGUUCUCAGAGCCAAGUCUUUGUUUCAUUUUGGGAAGAAACAACGUAGGCUUCCGCUUACUACCUCCACCGCCGCACCGGAUGUUGUCAGCGGCAAUGGCCAUGAGCAUGCAAUAGCCUACACCGGAGCAUCCCAAGAAGUGUAUGGGGCAAAGGCGACCAUAAACGUGUGGGAGCCGUCGAUCCAAGUGGUCAACGAGUUCAGUCUCUCCCAGAUUUGGAUUCUUUCGGGAUCAUUCGACGGCUCGGAUCUCAACAGCAUAGAAGCUGGAUGGCAGGUCAGUCCGGAGCUUUAUGGUGACAGCAGGCCCAGAUUGUUCACUUACUGGACGACUGAUUCGUAUCAGGCAACCGGGUGCUACAACCUUCUUUGCUCAGGAUUUGUGCAAACCAAUAGUAGGGUUGCCAUCGGAGCUGCCAUUUCUCCGGUAUCAUCUUAUUCAAGCAGCCAAUAUGACAUUACUGUCCUCAUCUGGAAGGAUCCAAAACUAGGAAAUUGGUGGAUGAGGUUUGGUGACAAUACAUUAGUAGGAUACUGGCCAGCAGAGAUAUUUACCCACUUAGCAGACCAUGCCACUAUGGUGGAGUGGGGUGGUGAGGUGGUGAACACACGGGCCAACGGCGAGCACACCUCAACCCAAAUGGGCUCCGGUCACUUCGCCAAUGAAGGCUUCGGAAAAGCAAGCUACUUUCGGAACCUAGAGAUCGUGGACGCCGAUAAUAGUCUUAGCUCAGUCCAAGGUAUCUCAACCCUAGCUGAGAACACCAAUUGUUACAACAUCAAGAGCUCCAACAACAACCAAUGGGGCACAUACUUCUACUAUGGGGGGCCAGGGAACAAUCCACAGUGCUCUUGAUCAUCAUCAUCAUCAUUAUCAUCGCAAGAUAUAACUUGAUCUCCGUCCACGUAACAUAUGAUCUAUUGUUAAAUUCUUUAAUGUGUAAUUAUAGAAUUUAUGCUAUUUCCACACUUGUUUCUGCUAGUACCAAUAUAUAUAUAUAUAUUUUUUUGGAUGUUCGAUGUCUAUUAAGUAAAUAAGACCAAAUUAAGCAAUUGCAUAAACAGGGCUGGAAAUAGCAGUAUUUUGGAUGUAAGUUAUUGACUGUAGCUCAGUUAUUGUUCUUGUGGUCGCACUUGCCAAUUCUCUAAUUAAGCAAGUUGGCAUUUCUAUUA